UUCUACAGGUUUGGUGCAAUGGCCGAACAAAACAUUCGAGUAGCUGUCCGUUGUCGUCCAAUGAAUAAUUCGGAGAAAGAGAAGGGUGCAGUAAAUUGUAUCGAAUGCACUCGCGAUAAAGUUACCGUCAGAGAGAGAAUCAACUCAAAAGUUUUCACGUUUGACCAUGUUUUUGGUCCCUACUCGAAACAGCUGGAUGUGUAUAAUACAAUGGUUGCACCCUUAAUUGAUGAAAUUCUUAUGGGAUAUAAUUGCACCAUCUUUGCGUACGGACAAACGGGGAGUGGAAAAACGUUCACAAUGACCGGAGAGAGAUCCGAUAAACUUCGCUACGCCUGGGAGGAUGAUCCUCUGGUUGGUAUUAUUCCGAGAGCCCUCAGUCAUUUAUUUGACACUUUGGAGAAGACGGGUUCCGAUUUUUCUGUUCGCGUUUCCUUUCUAGAAGUGUACAAUGAAGAACUGUUUGAUCUCCUCUCACUGGCCGAGAACCAACGCCUCACAAUUUAUGAUGAUGUAAAUCGCAAAGGUUCGGUGAUUGUGAAGGGCCUACGCGAGAUUGUGGUUCUCGACAAAGAGAAUGUACAUUCAGUGAUCGAGAGAGGUUUGGCCCGAAGGCAAACUGCAUCCACGCUGUUGAAUUCUCAAUCGAGCCGCUCGCAUUCGAUUUUCACUGUUACUGUCCACAUCAAAGAACUAAAUUCAACUACUGGCGAGGAACUUUUACGUAUUGGAAAACUACAUCUAGUCGAUCUCGCCGGAAGUGAAUGCGUUGGAAGAUCCGGUGCAGUUGAGAAACGAGCUCGUGAGGCUGGAUCAAUAAACCAAAGCCUCUUAACUCUUGGCCGCGUUAUAACUUCCCUUGUUGACCAUGCACCCCACAUACCGUAUCGCGAGAGCAAACUGACAAGAUUACUUCAGGAUUCUCUCGGCGGGAGGACAAAAACGUCCAUCAUCGCUACAAUUGGUCCAAGUGCAAGUUGUUUGGAAGAAACACUAUCUACCUUGGAUUACGCCCAUCGUGCCAAGAACAUUCAAAAUCGUCCAGAGAUUAAUGCUAAAUUGAAUAAAAUGGAUCUCGUUCGAAGCUAUAACGAAGAACUGGAGCGAUUGAGGCGUGAUUUAGAAGCGACUCGGACGAAAACAGGCAUUUUUCUUGAUGAAGAGAACUAUCAAGCCAUGCAAUCGCAGAUUGUACAGCAACGUGCCCGAAUAAGGUGUUGGAACCGAACUGCCGAAAAAUGUAUUAAAAUUUCGCAUUUUCUGCCACCAUUUUGUUGUAUCUGUCAGACUAUCAUUGAGCCUGGUCCCACAAUGCGUAUUCCAACGACCCCAGUUAGAAGACAGUUGCAGGCAAUACAAAGCCUUAGGCGUAAUGCCGACCAUGGGUGGAUUGAGAAAGCUAGAAACGUGCGGUUUAUAUGGGGUUGA